AACCUGAAUGAUGAAAUAAUCGGCCAAGCUGCAGGUAAGCUUGCUGCGAAGAGAAUCGCUGUUUUACCCCUCACAGCUGCCAGGCUCCCCUCAGCCAGGCCCCUCUCCGCGGAGACACGUGUAGCGAGCCUCGUCCCCUCAACGUCGUUGUUUCGCUGGCUAACGAUGGGGAGGGAUUGCCAGAAGGACCAGAUCUUCAGCAGCGUCGCAGCUGAGCAUCAUAUCAUUGACUUACAGCUGUUCGCCGAACUGAGUCACCGACUCACCGCAGCCUCGCUCGCAACCACUCGCCCUUGUGAUCCGGCUCACGCGCCGAGCCCCCGGCUCUGA